AUGGCUGCUGAGGAGCCCCGCCAGCGAAAAGACCCCGCCGCCAGCGGCAAGAAUUGGAAGCAGCAGCAGGUACGGAGAAGUGCGGAAAAUCUGGCCCCGCGAUUUUUUGCUCUUCUCUUCGCCCUCCUCGCCCUUUAUAUCCUCUUUUCACCGCCUUCUUCAAGCCUUUCCCCUCCAGUCGAUCUCUCCUCUACCUCUACUUCUUACUCUGUUCCUACAUCUAAAGUCAUACCAGACAAGAACAUCGCCAAAAUGUCCUCCUCCGAGCAGACCUUCAUCGCUAUCAAGCCCGACGGUGUCCAGCGUGGCCUCGUUGGUCCCAUCAUCUCUCGUUUCGAGAACCGAGGCUUCAAGCUUGCUGCCAUCAAGCUUGUCAGCCCCGGCAAGGAGCACCUCGAGAAGCACUAUGCCGAUCUCGCUGGCAAGGCUUUCUUCCCCGGUCUGAUUGAGUACAUGUCCUCUGGCCCCAUCUGCGCCAUGGUCUGGGAGGGCCGUGAUGCCGUCAAGACUGGCCGUUCCAUCCUCGGUGCCACCAACCCCCUUGCCUCUUCCCCCGGUACCAUCCGUGGUGACUACGCCAUCGACGUCGGCCGCAACGUCUGCCACGGCUCCGACUCCGUCGAGAACGCCCAGAAGGAGAUUGCUCUCUGGUUCAAGGAGGGUGAGGUCCUCUCCUGGAAGUCCGCCCAGUUCAACUGGGUCUACGAGAAGGCUUAA